AUGCAUAAAAAGCGUAAAACUAAAACGCGACAUCUGAAGCAAUUGAAAGAUGACGGAAGUGAAUUGGUUACAUGCGAAGAAGAUGUAAAUGAACGUCCAAGUUACGAACGUCCAAGCCGAAAAAUUCGUGUAUUAACACGAAAAGGGAAAGGUAGAUCAAGAGAAAGAUUUAAAGUAAUACGUGGUAUAAAAGGGGAAGAAAAAAGACGAAAAACAUAUAUUAAAGAUGAAGCGGUAAAAGAAGUUGAUUUUGAGCUUGAUUCAGCAUACAAAGAUGCUAUAGCAGUUACUGAUAAAAUUGGUGAUAAUGCUUUUGAAUGUGUUAGAACCAUUUGUCGUAGAGGUUUACGACCGAUAUUGAAAGAUUUUGCAACUAUUCGAAAAUUUUUACCACCUGAGAUUACAACGAUUAUGUUUGAUCGACAUCCUGCUAAAAAUCGUUACACCGAUGUGAUGUGUCUCGAUAAGACGAGAGUAGUGCUGAAGGAUCGUCCAAGAAACAACGAUUACAUUCAUGCUAAUUGGGUUCAACUCUCGGCUAGUAGACGAUACAUUUGUACGCAAGGACCACUCGAAGAAACUAUCGAAGAUUUCUGGUGGAUGAUUUUUAAGGAAGAAGUAAAAGCAAUUGUAAUGUUAUGCGAUUUUAUCGAAGAUGGCGAAUCAAAAUGCGCCGAAUAUUAUCCUUUAACAACUGGUGAAAAAGUUCGAUAUGGUGGAAUUACUGUGAAAAAUGAAAGAGAUGGCCAACAUUUAGAUUCAAUUACCUGUCAAAUAAUGAGCGUACGAUUAGAAGGUGAUACACAUCAGGUAUAUCACUAUAGAUUGCUAAAUUGGCCGGAUCGUUCAUCACCACGUUCCGGUGCACCAAUAGUUGCAUUAAUUACAAAACUAAAAAUACUAAAUGAAAAAGGACCAAUUGUCGUACAUUGUUCGGCUGGUAUCGGUCGAACAGGUACACUUUGCGCCGUUGAUUAUGCCAUUGAUCGACUUAAUGAAGAAGGCACUGUUUCUCCGCCUGAUAUUGUCAAAGAGAUUCGUCACCAACGACUACAUUCGGUGCAGUCAGUAUUACAGUACAUAUUCAUACACAUUUGUCUGAUUGAGUAUAUGCAUACCUUCAAAUCAUUGCCACACGAUACACUGACACGACGGUUUCGACGUGACUACGAAAGAUAUUUGAAAAAAUUUAAUGAACGUUUAACAAAAGAUAAGCAACAAGCAAGUAAUUCUACGUAA